AAGCCGGUAACCCUCCAUCCAAUUCGCUUAUUGGAAUUAUAAUUCAGUCUAUUAUUGGUAAAUUUGUUCUAAAAUAUCCGAUCAUGUUAAGAAAUAAAUAAGAAUUAAUAUUUGAAAUUGAAUAGAUUUUUUAUAAAUACAACGCCAUCAUUUAAAGAUGGAUUGGUCAGCUGUUAGUAAUCAUUUUAAACAAACUUGGCUUACGACUUUAAUGAGUUGUAUAUUAUUUAGUGGAGUUACUUAUUUUUUAGUUUGGGCUGAGGGUCAUGCAAUUCAAAACAACCUAAUGUUAGAAGAGCUUGUAUCAGCAGCAGAGACUAUUGAUGUUCAUGCAAUUGAUGAUCCAAAGAGGUAUGAGGGUCAAGUUGUACAUGUUGUAGGUCCUAUAAGAAUAUUAGAGCCAAUAUCUGAACCGGAUUAUAAUAUACAAGUCCAAGCUGUCAAGCUCAGAAAACGAGUUCAAAUGUAUCAGUGGAUUGAAGAAACUACGGAAACAGAUAACUUUAUAAGCGAACAUGCAGACGAAUCACAGAAGACAUACUGGUACCGCAAGGACUGGAAGGAUUUCGUUGUUGAUUCUGCCCUGUUCUACAUCAGACCUGGUCACCACAAUCCAACAUCUAUGCCGAUGUUCAGUGAAACGCAUGUAGCGGAUAAUGUAAAGAUUGGAUGGAUGUUUUUAGGAGUGGAUGUAAAAAGAAAAGUGAAUGAUUAUUACGAAAUUUGGUCUGAUUCGAGGCCAGAAAGAAGUGAUAUUAAACUCCAUUCGGGAUUCUAUUAUCAUGGGAAUAGCGCAUUGGAUCAUGAAAUUGGUGAUUUACGAAUCCACUUCUCCUACGCGGGACGGGAGGACGAUAUUUAUACAGUUGUGGGAGUGGUAGAGGGUGGUACUCUCCAACCAUACAGUCCAACAAACUUUCCCUACGCGGAUCCCAUUUCGUUAUUACGAAAGGGCUCGUACAGCUUAAAGCAGCUCUACGGUCUUGAGAAGAAGGAUGCAAACACACACACAUGGAAAUAUAGAAUAUUGGGAUUCAUACAGGUUUUCGCAUCCGCUAUGACCUUGCAUCCGGAAUGGCUGACACUAUUUCUCCAAUGUAAGUUGGUCUCGAGUAACUUGCGACGUUGUACCCGGCUGUGGGUCAAUUUAGUUUUGUCUUUCUCGUACACACUGUUCGUCAUAUCCAUACCCUGGUUAUUUCACAAGGCGACGUUCGGGGCUCUGUUGUUAGGCGGUGCAGCGUUACCACUAAUACAUUAUUCGACUCUGUGGCGGGAUUCACGAAGGAACGAACGAGAGCUGUAUCGCUGACAAGGGCUGCACACGGCUUUGCCUGUUUUAGUGGAAAUGUGUACUAUGGCAUUGAUAUAUGCAUUUAUCGGGUAUUUUUGAUAUACUCGAGUUAAGUUCAGAUAAAUGUUAAACGAAACAUUUUGUAACUGUGACCUUAAUCGUUAAAACGUGAUUGGUAAUUUAUUUAUUGAGUUAACCAUAUCAUACAUUUUAUAGUCCUUCAUCUAUAAUGUAUGACAAUUGAGUAAAAAAAAACAAAAAUACAACCAAAACAUAUACAUGAUAAAAAUAAGCACACAAUAAAGUUGGAAGACAUUUUUGAUAAAGUAGAAAAAAAAGUAGAAAAAAAAAAUUAAAAAAAAAACUGCAAAAUAGCCAACUAGGUUCGAGAUACCCAACAAUGCGUUCUCUCCACCGACGCAUUUUAAUUCGUGUCAUCUGUAUGGUCUGUUACAACUGCCACACUUUUUAGGUCUGGACCUCAAAUGGGCUUAACAUGAUUUUUUAAUAGGAAGGUGAGUGAGCUUCGACACGAAGAUUUGCGUCUGGUUUCCUUGUUAAAAUAAAAAUAAAAUAUGUUUAUUAUGGAACAUUAGACACAAGUAUGACUUUAUUCCACGUCAAUAAAUUUUAAUCAGACGGCAAAGAAGACAGAGGAUGUAGAGAAAAAGCCGGCGUAAAAAACUCGCCACUCUUUUAAAAUAGCAAAUCAUCAAACAACACUAUUUUAAAACAAAUAUCGCAAAAUUAUUGAAGUAGCCUGUCCAGCACUAGUCCCAGGCCCUUUUAUCAACUAAAUAAUCAUUAACCUUGUA